CGGGAAGCCACUUUGUGGAAGAAUUUCCGGUCUAUGUUUUUGAGGUUUAUUGUUAUGAAGAUUUUCUUGUGCAUUCUAGCUAUAAAAAGUUCCAAAUUUCACUAAUUCGACGCUCCGUUUCGAGUUCAUUCGAAUUUAGUUGUAAAACUUAAUUUUUUAUUUUGUACAUUUUAAUAAAAAUCAUUUACGACUGCAUAUAUAAAAAAUGGAACACAUGGUCAAAAGAAUUGAGUUGGAGAAGCGGGGCCGACAACCUGAGGAUAUAAAAGAGUUGAACUUGGACAACUGUAGGUCAACGCAAAUUCAUGGCCUGACCAGUGAAUUUUGCAAUUUAGAAUCGCUAAGUUUAAUCAACGCUGGCCUAACGACGCUGAAAGGUUUUCCUGAGCUGCCUAAGCUAAAAAAACUGGAGCUGAGUGAUAACAGAUUGUCGAGUGGGUUCAAUGCUUUACAGGGAUGUCCAGAGAUAUCGUCCCUCAGUCUCAGUGGUAACAAAAUUAAAGACAUUGAGAGCCUCGAACCAUUGAAAUCGCUGCCCAAGUUGAAAUGUCUCGACCUGUUGAACUGCGAAGUGACCACUAGCGAGGAUGACUACAGAAAUAAGAUCUUCAAACUUUUGCCUCAACUCGUCUACUUGGAUGGAUCAGACGUGAAUGAUUUGGAGGCCGAGGAUGAGGAAGAAGACGAGGAAGGAGACUAUGAAAACUCAGAUAACGAGGACAGUGAUGAUGCAGAAGCAGCUAAUGGCGACGACGUAGAUGUUGAUGAGGAUGAAGAUGGUGAAGAGGACGAAGAUGGAGAGGAGGACCAGAAUGCGGUCGGCCUCAGCUAUCUACAAAGAUCUGGUCUCGAGGAUGAAAGUGAUGGUGAUGAUUUCAAACCAGAUGACAAGGAAGAUGAUGACGACGAGGGGUCUGACGAGGAAGAAGACGAAGAGGCAGAGGACAACGAUGCCAACCAGUCCGCUGAAAUUGUUGAAGGUAGCCGAGGUGUGAAGCGAAAGAGAGGUAACGAAGAAGACGACGAGGAUAAGUGAUCAGAUGGACGGAUGGAUGAUGUAAUUGAUAUAGACACGUUUAUUUUACUUCCUUUAUUGACAGAUAAAUACAAUAAACCUAUAUUUGUGUAUGUGUGUAUACAUUUAUGUACGCGUAUAUUGUAUUAAGAUUGCGUAAAUUUAUGUAAAUUUUAUUUAUAUAAAAAUAAGUUAAUACAUUCAAGCUUUGCUAAAUAAACGAAGAUAGGACUACGUAUAUUAAAGUUAAUUUAAUUUGAAGUUAAUUAAUAUCCAUUUAAUUAUGACUACGUUGUUGACAAUUUUUUUCUUUGGUUUUUAAUAUAAAUUAUGUUAACUAGUUACUACUACUUCUAUCGUUAGCAUCUGAUGUAAUAUAAUGUAAAAGUAUUUCUUAUUUGUCGUACGUGUGUGUGUGUGUGUAUGUAUUUUAAGGUUUAAAAAGUUUAAGAAAUUUGUAAUAUCGAAUACAAGUAACAUCAUAUACAUCAACAUACCAUAAGUUUGUAAUUGCGGCUUAAUGAAUACAGAAGGGUACGGUAUUGUACGUUCACUUGAGUACGUUACACUAGUUUUUGAAAAUUAUUGAUUUACAGACCUACCGGGUAAUUUAACUAAACCGUGUACCCGACUUUGUAAUCCGGGUUCAGAUAAAUCUGUUUUUUUUCUCUAAGAAUUUCUGUAUAGAAGAGAUUUGAACAUACAAAUUUGUGUAAUGUAUUUGUACUCAUGUACCUGGUCAAAUGGGUUACUUAUACAUAUAAUGUUUUAACAAAAACAUGAGCUAAAUUAAGUAAUUAUACUGUCAUGGUUUUAUCAGUGAUUUUCGACUACUAUUGCUAUACACUUGACGGCGACAAACACAACUUAUUACAUUACCGAAUACAUUGAUUAUCACAUACUUUAAAUGGCAUAAAUGUUAUCAUCUACUAGUAUAUUUGUGUGAUGUAUGUUUAUCAUCAUUACGCUAUUAUCUUAAUGUAAUGAUGUGAUAUGCUUAAUCUAGAUUUGGUUCUCAUAUUUAUAUUGGCUGUAUGCGUAUAAAGACAUAAAUUUAAAGGUAAAAUGAUGUUUUAUAAUAUUGACGAUGUCUCACUUGAUCAAUCAACCAACAAACA